AUGGCACAGCACUGGCUAGAUAGGCAAGAAGAGGAAAGAGUCUCUGCAGAAUACCUGGGAGGAGAAAAGUUUUGCUUUGGACAAGCAGCAAUGCCUCAAUUACAGAACGAAUCCCAGCUCCAUAAUCUUCACCUAGUCUUAAGGAAUGCUGCAUUUCUCGACCGAACGGUGGUAAUUACAGCUGUGAAUUGUGCCUGGGCCAAUCCUGGGGGCAUGCUGGAUGUCUUCCUUGAGGCCUUUCACCACGGCAGCGGAACCGAGUCACUAUUGGAGCAUCUGGUGAUCGUUUCAGUCGAUAAUGCAUCGCAUAAACGUUGCAUGGAGAUUCACAAGCACUGCUUUGAGCUUGAGACGAGUGGUUUAGAUUUUUCAUCCGAAAAGAAGUUCAUGAGUCUGGAUUACCAAAACAUGAUGUGGAGAAGAAUUUUCUUUUUGGGAACUGUCCUUGAACUUGGCUAUAGUUUUGUCUUUACGGACACUGAUGUCAUUUGGCUGCGGAGUCCUUUCAAACACUUUGAUUCCUAUGCAGAUAUUGAAAUUGCCGUAGAGAAGUUUCCCAAGCACCCAAAAAGCGUGAAUAAUGGCUACAUUUACGUCCGCUCAAACAACCGGACUAUUGAAUUCUAUAAACUGUGGUAUAAACUGCGAAAUUCGUUUCUAGGCAAGCACGAACAAGACAUUCUUAACAUGAUGUUACACUCAACGUACUCAAUGCAUCCGGAGUUUUGGAAGCUGGGAUUGAAGACAAGGUUUUUAAAUUCAACUUUGUUCAGCAGCUUUUGCAACCAGGCCAGCAGGAGCUUGGAUUUGAAUCAAGCAUGUACUGUGCAUGCAAACUGCUGCUCUGAUCUCAAGAAAAAGAUACGCGACCUGAAAUUGGUUGUGGAUGACUGGAAAACUUUCCAGGCAAAUACUGGAGGAAAUGAGCAGGGGUCAAUGAAACUGAGAGCUCCCAGAGAAUGUCUUCACUAUCAGGUUUAA